UGGGUAUGUGUUCGGUUCGGUGUGGUGGUUUGUGGGUCCACAAUGACUGACCACAUGCAUCCAUAUGUGUGUGUAUGUGUGUGGGUGUAUAGGUGUGUGCACGUCACGUCACGCCUCGUUGCCGUUGCACCUUAUCAAUAGCCGAAAAGCCUGCAUGUCAGUCACGCGACAGGCACUGAGGCUUAUCUCUCUCCUUUGCCGUGUGUGACGUGCUGACUGACUGACCUCUAUAAUUCCCCGCUUCUCCCGCUCCUCGACGCCGGCAGCGUUGAGGAAUGAGGACAGAUUCCUCACCAGCCGACGACGCUUGCACGGCGGCAGACGACGCGCACACUGACACACACACAUACCGAUCGACAUAGAUGCGUGUGAGAGAGGUCAUCAUUUCUGGCUGGUCGACGCACCCACCGUACCUACCGUGACGUAGCUGUUGAUCUUUGCUGCUGUACACCUGCCCAGAAGGCAGCCCACCACACGACCAACCACACCCUGCUCACCACACACAUGAAGUAGAAAGAAGUACCAUCAUCAUGGGUGGCAAAAAUGCAUCAUUUUAGCCGUGUUAUAAGCGCGACAUACAUACAUACAUACCGCCAUAUCCCGUAGUGUCUGGACGAGGCAUGAGCCCAAUAAGGACAUGCGCGCCGCCACACUGUCCACCAGCGCACACACACUGCCCACCAACCAACAGAUGGCACACUGCACACAUACACACAGGGGGCGAGGUGUGCUCAUGAGAUGGGGCACACCAACCGGUGGCUUGUUUGCCUUACGGUGGUGGUUCGUAUGGCCUGUGCUGUGAGCGUCGCCGUCAUGACGCACACACGGACGGUGGAUGACACCACACGCAGCACAAGCUGAUGCACACCACACACACACACACACACACCACACACACACACACACACACAUUGCUUCCCGUCUGAUGAUGGUCUGUGUGUGCGCUUGAUGGGUCGCUCGCUGACUUUGAAAGGCAGUAGGAAGAAGCACAUCAUGACCUCGAUGAACAUGAGGCCGAACAGACGGCAAUUAGACAUCAUUACCAGCCCAUCUGCGCACACAGACAGAUGGCGGACGAAGGAAGGAACACACAGCCAUCUUCACACAGACAGUUGGCUGAUGGCUGGCUGGCCCGGCAGCCCCCUGACUGACUGACUGACUGACCGUUCCAGGAGUCCUUGUCGGUGUUGCCGUCUCCGUGGAUGAGCAGGUGGAACCGAUACAGGUACCUCUCCAGCUGAUGCAUGUCCUCCUCGCUGCCAUGCCGAUCGACACCAACACCCACACCAAACAGACCACACAUUCACACACGCAUGGCCAGUCCUUCUGCCCUUCUCCCGCCCCCUUACAUGGUGGCGUCGUCGCUCGUAUUGCCGCUGUCGUGCUGCGAGCGCGCGGCAUUGCUGUCGCACCUGCCGCCGCCGCUGCUGCUGUUGGCACUUCUGCCGCUGGUGAGUGCCGGCAGCAGGGCGUCGAUGAGGGCGUCCAGGUAGACUAUGGGGUACCCCAUGCAGAACAGCGAGUGCAGCAACGCCUGCAGGAACGACACACAACACACACACACACACACUGUCAGAGAGACUGCCACUGCUUUCUCUGCCAGUCUUCGGUUGCUGUCCCCCCUCCCUCCCCCCCAAGGACUUACCUGUUCGGACAUCUGAAUGGCUGAGAAGCAUCGCUUCCCCACCACAGCCAGGUGCAGGGCCAGGUGAGACAUCCUCAGGUACGGAGUCGUUCACUACGGCCACGCACCAGCACUGCCGCACCAGUCAGCCGUCACCGAGCACCGGUGGCGCCGUCGUCACUUCCCAGGAGCAUCUGGCAGCUACCUAUACACAGCACCUUGACCAACAACGGCGUCAUAACAUGCUCCAAUGUCCC